GUCAGACGGUAAGCAGCAUCACGGCAAGGAUACUGAUCAGAAGAUAGCAAGGCACGCACAGAAGACUCUGAGCUCCCCUAACAUGAUGCCUACAGUUAAAGGCUUGGCACACACGAUACCCAGUCAUGUUCUCAGAGUGGGCCAAACUAUUUGCUUGGAACCGUCACAGGAGACAGUCACCCACCAUGAUGAUCCUGAUCUCGACAUUUCUCUGGAAAAUCUCAACCAGUUAAUCUUGGAACUGGAUCCCACAUUUGAACCCAUCCAAUGCAGCAAAAGUCCCACAUGUCUCAGCCCCCCUACAGAUGCCUCUUGCUCAGAUGAAGAUUUCUCUGAAGUUGUGCUCAUUCCUAGAGGCUGUUCAACCAUUUCAUCACCCACAGUGGUCCCCUCGGUGUCCCCAAGUAUACCCAUCCCCACACAUAACGGCCUCAGAUGCAGUCCCCAAGGGACGCUGGUUUUCUCCAGCUCCCCAACGUCCUCUCUGCCCCCGCUGCCAUUUGGCAGCGCACCCAGGCGAAACCCCUCACCGAAGAAUGACUUUUGCCAAGGAUCACUGCGGCUGUCACACUCCAACAGAAACAGCACCGCCUCACUGCUCUCCACCUCGACCUGCUCGGACACCAGCUACAUCCUUGGCAGUAACCUCUCCUUAACCGGUGAAGAUGCUGAUUUUCCAGAGUCCAUGCUACCCGGCUCCUUUAGUGACGAUUCCAGGAUGAAGCCAUGUAAUAACAGGCAAAGCCUGGAGAAGCCCUUGAAGACAAAGCGAGGACAUUUACAGGAAGUGAACAGCAGAAGAGCACAGAACGGCCCAGUCUCAGGGUCACUGACCGAUAUUCCCGUACUGUUAGUCAACGGUGCACCUCAACAGGACCUGCACAGCCCUGAACCACAGAUCGAGUUACUCCAGAGGAACCCUGUGUCAAAACCAACAUAUUCCAGUUCUCAAGCCCGUUUUAACGGCAGCCAGCCAUCGAUGAAAUUUGUCAUGGAUACGUCAAAGUUUUGGUUCCGUCCACACAUCAGCAGAGCAGAAGCUGAAGCUCUGGUAAAAGACAAGGAAGCAGGAACCUUUGUGGUGAGAGACAGCACCUCCUACAGAGGCAGUUUUGGUUUGGCCAUGAAGGUAGAUCAAACGCCCACCAGCUUUACUGCUGCUGCCUAUCCAGGGGAAAGCAGCUCUGAUCUUAUCAGACACUUCCUCAUUGAAUCAUCCGCCAAAGGCGUGCGCAUUAAAGGCUCUUCUCAGGAACCCUACUUUGGUAGUCUCUCUGCCCUGGUGUACCAGCACACCAUUUCUGCGUACGCCUUACCCUGCAGAUUAUGCCUCUACUGCCACGACCUGAGAUCAGCAGAGGAGAGAGCAAAAGAGAGAGCACCUUCAGAGGACGACAACAAAAUAGCCUCCAACUUUGUCUACCUUAACGCCAUCCCCACUGAGAUGCUGACGGGCCCCUGUGCAGUGCAAAGGGCGGUGUCCUCAACACUCGAGAAGGCUCCAGGUUCCUUCACACCAACCAUAGUCAACAUGAAAGUGUCUCUGAAGGGUGUCACUCUCACAGACAUCAACAGGAAGCUCUUCUUCAGGCGCCAUUACCCUGCACACAUGCUGAGCUACGGUGGUGAAGAUCCAGACAAUCGAGUGUGGACGAGAGGUUCAAGUUUUGGUGCAAGGUUGUUUGGCUUUGUGGCAAAGGGCAUUGAAGCCGGUAUGGAGAAUGUUUGUCACGUAUUUGCAGAAUAUGACACCCUGCAGCCCUGCAGCGAAGUCAUCAAGGUGAUUCAGGCAGCUGUAUCCAGGCCAUAAACAUGCAAACCCAGAGACGGCGUGAUACAUCUUCAGGACUCCUGCUUACACUUUCUGUUUAACACUGUGCUCUUCUACAAAUAACCUGUCCAGUAUGGUGGUUACAGGAAGUGUCGCUACUGCUUUGGAGAAAACUGGACAAGUUUGUGUUUCUGCUGAAUUGCAAGGAAAACCUGAUUUAGGUUCCGGUGUUUGAUCAGAUGAUAAAAAUCAUAUUAAAAGAUAUAUGAGUGAUUAUGGGAAAAAUUAGGAUAUAGUGGACUGCACCUAUAACAUGAUUGUAAAUGAAUGAGGCGCCAUAGUUUGAAUGUCAUCCAAUCAGCUUGUAAAAGCAGUAAAACAAAGCCAACUAUUUCUUUUAAGACUGCUGAGAGAACAGUUGUAGAUGUGAGAAAGCGGCACGUUAUGUCUUCAUAAGAACAGAAGGCCUUUUCCCUGAGAGGUGAACGUGCAUUAUCUGAUGCAUCGAAAUAUAGUGAUGUGGUAAUUAAAAGUUUGAAGGUGAAAAGACUUGAAGAGAAACAAAUGAACCCUGGUAGGUCAGUUCAUUUCAAAUUCUGCAGCUACCCCUGAAUGUAUUUAUUACACUGCAAUGCACUGUAAAAA